GAUCGGGGCCCGCUGUCCUCGGAGACCCCCGCCUGCUCCCGCACACCCGGGGUCGCAGGGGCCGGUCGUCGGGAGCUGACGUCGGCCUUCAAGGCCCCCCUCCCCGGCCACCGCGGAGGAGGAGCCCGAGAGCCCGCGCCCCGCCGCCAUCCCCGCCCCCGCGCGCUGCGGGCCCGGGGCGCAGAGAGGGGAGCCGAGCGGAGCACGGGGUUUACUGAGUUCCCCAACCCCGGGCGGCAGGAUCGGGGCGGGCGUCGGUGCAGGCGGCCCAGGAGGCAUUGGGCCGUGGGUGGACAUCUCUUCUGGAGCCUCCACCAGCCAUGGACAGCUCCAGUCUCGGAGAGCUCCAGAAGCCUCUGCUGGCAGGUGUGGGCUGCGAGCCUGCUGUCCAGAGGCCUGGCGAGCCUGAGCUGGGGCCCCCAUUUCGAGAGACAGCCUUGGCGGAGUCACUGAGGGGUUGGCAGUUCCUACUACCACCUCUUCCCUCUGUGAGCGCCAGCCUGGGGGAGCCAGGGCCCCCCGACCUUGAGGAUGUGUCAUCCAGUGACAGUGACUCAGACUGGGAUGGGGGCAGCCUUCUCCCCCCACUCAUACCCCACGACCACCUGGGCUUGGCUGUCUUCUCCAUGCUGUGCUGCUUCUGGCCUGUGGGCAUCGCCGCCUUCUGCCUGGCCCAGAAGACCAACAAGGCUUGGGCCGAGGGGGACGUCCAGGGGGCAGGGGCCGCCUCCCGCCGCGCCUUCCUGCUGGGGGUCCUGGCCGUUGGGCUGGGCGUGUGUACUUACGCGGCCGCCCUGGUGACCCUGGCCGCCUACCUCGCCUCCCGAGACCCGCCCUAGUUGCCCCCGCGGCCCCCACUGUGAACCCAGAGGCCGGCUGCCCAGCGUGCUCGCGGUCAGAGUGGAGAAUCGGGUGGAUGAGGCGGCGGCGGCGGCAGCAUCCGGAAUCGGGAGUGAGCUGGACCACC